AUGCCACUCCACUAUACCGGUACAAACCCGUCUCAUAAUGCAGUCUCUUCGCAAAGGCUUCCAUAUGAGCUUAUUUAUCUCAUUGCAAGAGACUUUUCCGGACUACGGAAAAUCUGUCGACUAAGUCAGAUGUGCCGCCAGCUGGCGGUGCUACUUAAGGGGCUUCUCUAUCGGCGUAAUGUGUUAGAUGUCAAGGCUGCUCAAGAAGCUGCUACUGCCGCAAAUCGACAUCCAAUCAUUCACAAUCUACGGUUCUCGGAAAGCAUCAAAGACUUCCAGAUGCAUGCAAGAAGAUUACGUAUCAGUCCUUCUCAAUUUUCGGUUCUGCACUGGGCUGCAUGUCACGGGUCCGUUGAAAUUGCAAGAGCUGCUAUUAGAACAUCAUUAAGAUUAUUUCCCGACAAUUUGAAUGUCAAGGACACAUAUGACCACACGCCGCUAUCUUACGCCGCGGCCCGUGGACAUGUAGAGAUUAUGCAAGAACUUAUGGAUGCGGGAUGUCUCGUAAACACCGGGAUCUGGAGCAGAUUUCUAAGCUCUAACUCUCACUUGCCGACACACCGCUAUGCAUUGAGUACCCCUUUAACUCUAGCAAUUAUUUCACACCAAGAAGCUGCUGCUACCAUUCUGGCCCGACGCACCGUUUACCAAUACAAGCUUUACCGUCGGCCGAUCCUAGGUAUCUAUGGACCACUCCAUCUAGCAGCAUGGGCACGCAUGCCUCGUGUUGUUGAGAUAUUAUUAUCUAAUGGAUUUAACACAUGGGAACUUAUGCCUGCUUUUGGGGAUCGAUCAUCUUUAUGCUAUGCUGUUUUGACAGAAGACAAUACAGAGACGAUAGAUAUCUUGCUUGGCCACGACGUCUCUAUGAAUGUCGCGGGUCUUUGGCAUAAUCAUACCCCUCUUGAGUGUGCUAUAUACCAUAAGUGCUUCCGCAAUGCAUUACAUCUCAUUGAAAAAUAUCUACCCGCGGGAGAAUAUGGUGAAUGGGCAGAACGCGCAUUGGUCAUGGCAGUUGUCCAUGAUGAUGGGCUUACUGUCACGGAAGCUUUGGCAAACAUCCUCAACGCGCAAGGCGAAUUUGAAGGGAUCGAGAGUGCUUUCGUUAAAUCAUCUAAGCACAAGUCCGAAGCCCCUGAAACCAAUAAGUUCCUUGCUAAAUUAUUGGCUGUAGGGCUCGAUAGGACUUACCUUCGGGGCGGACAAGGAUACCUUCAUUGGGCUUGCCAGCAGCAUCACGUCGACAUGAGAGCUUUGAACCUUAUGCUUCAAAAUGAGCAUUGCCCACUUGACAUUAACGCGAAGGAUGCAAAUGGGCUCACACCUCUUGAUCAUGCAGAGUUACGGUGCCAUGAUGAUGCUAGCUUUCUUCUCCGAGAGGUGUAUUUGGCGAAAUCGGGUGACGAAGUAUAAGUAUGAAUACGUGGGCAUAGAUGUGAUUAUAUUAUUACAUUUUCUUCCAGG